UCCAGUUAACUUAACAUUGUUUUAGGCCUGUUGAAAAAUAAGUAUUGAAUAAAAAGGGGCGGAGACCCCCAAAGGGCUUGGCAAGCCGCGUGACAACACAGUUUUAUGUAGUCCAUGGAGAACACCAACCAGUUUCACUUCUGUUGUAAGCCUACCCCCGACGGAGAAACUCACAUCUUACUGAACCACAGCGACCCUGUUUUAUAAAAGCACUACGGCAGGUGUGUUUGGAAAGUCCACCUCAGUCAUGUCCGUGGUCACAUCCAUCUUGUCUAUAGAUCUGCAGAAGAAGCUGCUCUCUGUCCUCGGUCAUGUCAGACUCCACCUGCUCUACAAAGCCAGCGUCCACGGCUACACUGCUGCUGCUUUCCACAACCGCUGUGACAAACAGGGGCCCACUGUCAUUGUCGCCUACAAUGCUGCUGGGUUUGUCUUCGGGGCCUACACCUCAAAAGACUACACCCAGAGCGGAGAGGGUGUCCGGGACGAGGAGGCCUUCCUCUACAGCAUCAGUGCAGGGGAAGAUAAACCCCUGAGGGUGGCAGGUAUCAGCGGACAGUCUGCUUUUACAGACGGAGCCACUGGUCCGAAUUAUGGUGCUUUGGUGUUCCUGCAUGAGGACAAACCUGAGAUCCAGUCCAACCCAGGGACAAACUUCACCUUUCAGGCUGCGGCAAUGCACGGAGAAGACUUGGCACUGACGGAGUUUGAAGUGUUUCGAGUGGAAGGCUUGGGAGAUGUUCUGGCCAAACCCUGGAGGAAUGUACAGUGGACAAAUGAGAGGAAGCAGCAGUUGAUGACGGCUAUUCAGAGCUAUAAGCCUGACAUUAAAACAGUUAAUGAAGCCCGGGUGUUGUUGGUUGGACCUGUCGGGGCCGGCAAGUCCAGCUUCUUCAACUCCAUCAACUCAGUGUUUCGAGGCAACAUGACAUGCCAGGCCAUUGCUGGUACAGCAGGGAAGAGUGUGACCACUCAGUUCCGGACGUACACCAUCAAGGCAGGGAAACGUGGUGGAGCUGUUCCUCUGAUCAUGUGUGACACAAUGGGGCUGGAGGAGAACACUGAUGCUGGUUUGGACACUGAGGACUUAGUCAACAUCUACAAGGGCCACAUUAAAGAUCGCUACCAGUUUAGUCCAUCCACUCCUCUCCAGGCGGACGCUCCUGGCUUUAAGAAGCAAGCGACUCUGAAUGACAGCAUUCACUGUGUUGUUUACGUGAUCGACACCUGUAAGGUCUCGCUCCUCACCCAAAAAAUGCUGGACAAGUUCGCUAGCAUCCGGAAAAAGACCAACCAGCUGGGAAUUCCUCAGAUUCUGCUGAUGACUAAAGUGGACGAAGCCUGUCCUCUGGUGGCAGAAGAUUUAAAGAACGUGUAUAGCAGUGUUUACAUCCAGAGGAAGGCCCGGGAGUUGAGCGAGUCUCUGGGCAUCCCCUUGUCCUGUGUGCUGCCGGUGAAGAACUACAGCGAGGAGCUGGAGCUGGACCAAGACACUGACAUACUACUGUUGACUGCUGUGGAGCAGAUGCUGAACUAUGCAGAUAGCUUCUUCGAGAACCAGGUCAUUGAGGACCAAUUAAUGAUUGAGCAGCCGGAUCUCUACAGAUCCAGUGAUCUUACCCGUCCAGAUCUAUCACAACAAACUAAACACAUUGUUUGA